AUGGAGGCCGUGGCCACCGCGGCGGCGGCCAGGGAACCCGAUGAAGGUUGCACACAGCCCGGUACUGGGCACUGGGGGGAGCUGAGCUGGACACCGGUCCCACCCAGACCCCAGGACAAGGUGGAGGCUGUGGAAGGAGCGCCAAGGGCCCCAGAUGAUGACACCCCCGGGGCUGAGAACGCGGCGGUGAGUGCCAUGCUGCGCGCCGUGGCCGCCAGCCGCCUGCCUGUGUGCAGCCAGCAGCAGGGCGAGCCUGACCUCACCGAGCGGGAGAAGGUGGCCAUCCUGGGCCAGCUGUACCAUGAGAAGCCGCUGGUGUUCCUGGAGCGCUUCCGCACAGGCCUCCGCGAGGAGCACCUGGCCUGCUUUGGCCACUUGCGCGGCGACCAUCGUGCAGACUUCUACUGUGCCGAGGUGGCCCGGCAGGGCAGUGCCCGACCCCGCACCCUGCGCACCCGCCUGCGUAACCGGCGCUACGCUGCCCUGCGUGAGCUCAUCCAAGGCGGCGAGUACUUCAGCGACGAGCAGAUGCGGUUCCGGGCCCCGCUGCUGUACGAGCAGUACAUCGGGCAGUACCUAACCCAGGAGGAGCUCAGUGCCCGCGCCCCGGCCCAGCAGCCGCCCAAGCCCGGCGCCCUCGGCACCCCCGCCUGCCCGCUCUCUGACCUGCUGCUCCAGUCCUACCAGGAGCGGGAGCUGCAGCAGCGGCUGCUCCAGCAGCAGGAGGAGGAGGAGGCCUGCCUGGAGGAGGAGGAAGAGGAGGAGAACAGCGAUGAGGAAGACCAGAGCCCCAGCAAAGACUCGGAGGCCUGGGUCCCCGAUUCAGAAGAGAGGCUGAUCCUGCGGGAAGAGUUCACCAGCCGGAUGCACCAGCGCUUCCUGGAUGGGAAGGACUGGGACUUUGACUACAGCACCGUGGAUGACAACCCCGACUUUGACAACCUGGACAUCGUGUCGCGGGACGAGGAGGAGAGGUACUUCGACGAGGAGGAGCCCGAGGACGCGCCCAGCCCAGAGCUGGAUGGGGACUGAUGGCCGCCGCCGCCCGCCCCGCCCACGACGCCGUCUGGGGGACAGGCUCGCUGGCUCUGGUGCCAUCCCAGCCGACUCCCUGCCCGCUCUGUGUGCGGGGUGCCCU